CAGGCCUGGUUGCUUCAACGACCUUUGGGCGAGACCUUUCUACCGGUCUUCCUGCUGCUGGUCGUGCUGGUUCUGAUCUCGGCAGCGCUGCUGUUGCCCAUCGUCCCGGAGUUUUUUGUGCUCGUCUUCAACAUUUUUGUGCCGGUCUUGCUGUUUGCGUUCACCUUCUUCUUGGUGCAGUUUCGGGUGCUUGGUGCCAUCACCCAGGAGCGUUACUUUGGUUUCUCGCUGAAUCGAGAGCGAUGGAACUUCCUUUUGCAGGUGAGUCUGGUGGGGGCCAUGAUUGGCCUGGGCUUCUCUCGUUUCAUGCGGACCUUCAUGCAUCGCUAUUACUCCCGGAGCCUUCAGCGUGCCUUCUACGCCAACGGCGAGACUUGUACAUGGGCAGAUGUGCGGCAGAAUAUCUACUGCCCCAUGCUACUGGUCAACGCCACGGUGAAUGACUACAUGCAGUUGGGUGACACCAAGCCCUUCAGUUACAUGACCUUCACCCAGCUCUUCGCCGGUGGCGAGCGGCUGGGCUACUUCGCCAGCUACGGGCAGCGGCCGCUGGCGCGCACCGCAGCGUUGAGCGGAGGCGCCAUUGAUGGAUUCAUCAUGGCCAACUAUGACUCCAUGAGUUUGCGCUUCUGGUUGGAAGCCUCCGGAUUCUUCAUGGGCGAUUUCGUGUGCAUCAGCCGCAGACCAGGAGAAUGGGUCCGAGUACAGCGGUUCUUGGCGCUGGCGGUAUUGGAGGUGGUCUAUCUUCUACUGUUUAGCGCUUCGUGGCUCGCAUCUCAUGGAGAGAUCUCCACCGAGACCUGUCAAGUGCAGUAUCGCUUGGUGCAGCUGGCGGCAUGGUGGGGCCUCAUCUUUGGGAUCCUGAGCUUCUUCAGUUUCUUCAAUUUCUUGGGCUGGCUUCAACAUAGUCCUGUGAUUCGCAUCAUGCAGCAGGCGACCAUGUUCUACUACCAAUCCCCUCGCGCCCCGCGGAGCGUCUACCUGUCGGACGGCGGCGUCCUGGAAAACACCGGGAUCUUGGCGCUGCUGCAGCGCCGGCAGCGCCGGAUCCUGGCCGUGUACACCGGGGAGGAAUCCGUGGGGCAGGAGAUGGGAUGCCUGCAGAAGUUGCUACAGAUGAUGCACGAUGAAGAUAUCGGCUACCUCUACAACUUGGAGGAUCCACGGCGUGGCCCGUUGCAUGCCAUUCGCGACUGCGUGUGGACAGACGGCUACUUGUUGGAGUUGGGCAUUUGCUACUACGAUGAUGUGGAGAAACGUGACAACAUUCUGACGGUGCUGCGGAACAAGGUGCCUCCUGGAAGGUCUUUGCCCAUCUGGCAACAUCUAUCAGAAGAGGAGGUCAUGGGUGCCAUAGCCCCAGAGCUGGACGAGUCUUUUGAAGGUAUGGAGCAGAGCGACUUGGGCGGCUGCUGCUGCGACUGCUGCCAUAAGACAUGGUGCAAUCGCUGCUUCGGUCGCUUUCCUGCGCCUCCCACGUCCAAUCAGCUUCUGACGCCCCAGAUGUUCAAUGCGCUGUGCCGCCUGGGGUAUGAUUUACCAGCUGACGUGCUCGAGCGACUCUGACGCGGCAAAGUGACGCGGGUCGCGAAG